AAUGGCAAUGGCCCUCCACCUCUUCCACUAUCAUCAGCUCAUAUCAACCUUCCAAAUUGACAUAGUUAAUCUCAUGAAGUUUGCUUGUCUGUUAGAAACUGGUUACAAACCUACAAAUCCAUAUCACAAUAGCACUCAUGCUGCCGAUGUUGCUCAAGCAUCACAUUGUUGUCUUCAAGCUCUUGAGCCCAACUUAAAUUCAUUGGAAAAGUUGGCCGUAAUUUUAGCAGCAUUCACUCACGAUCUCGAUCAUCCUGGUGUAAAUCAGGCUUUUUUAAUUGCUACUAAGAGCCCCCUAGCUACAUUAUAUGGAUCUUCUUCAAUUUUGGAAGAGCACCAUUGGCGCAUGGGCGUCGGCACAAUAAGCCAAAGUGGCAUGCUAAAUAACUUAAAUAACGAACAAUUUUCUUUUGUUGUGGAUUUAAUGAAAAUGAUGAUUCUAGCUACUGAUGUAACAAAACAGCCAAAAAUUUUGACUCUUUCUAGGAAAUGUAUACCCAUUGAUUGGCGCAAUACUCAGCACCGAAUUCUUGUCCUGCAGAUGGCGCUUAAGUGUGCCGAUAUAGGCAAUCCUUGUAAACCUUGGAAGAUUGCUCAAAGAUGGGCUGACAGAGUGUGUGAUGAAUUCUGGUUACAAGGAGAUUCUGAAAAGAAAUUAGGUCUUCCUAUUACUUACGAUCGAGACAGAGAGACUAAACCUUCAAUCAAUUUAAAUUUCAUCACCUUCAUGUGUCGUCCUCUCUUCAUCGAGUGGUCUAAUGUGGCUCCCGGCAAGUUGUCUAGACAAAUGAUCAGAAAUCUCACCUACAACGAAAAGAUGUGGAGAAAGAAAGGUCAAGAAGGUAAUCUCUUAAAACCAGAAGAAGAUAGUGGAAGACGAUACAGUGCUCCUACGAAAACCUCAAACUGUUUAAAACCUCCUCAUUCAAAAGUAGAUAGAAGGAAAAGUGCUCCUACUUCAUCCGCCAAACCUUUGCCUAAAUGGGACAUUACACGUUGCAAUGGAUCCGUUACUGGUAAGCGACGACACAGUCUUCCAGAUAAUUCACCAGUUUACCAAACUGCUAAUGUUCCUAGGCGGCACAGCUUACCUCAUGCCGUAGUAAUGAAAAAUUUAAAAACGGAGGGAAAUGAUGAAGAGAAAGAGAAGGAAAAGGAUAAGGAGAAGAUGGAGGAGGAGGAGGAGGAGGAGGAGGAAGAGGAAGAGGAGGAGAAAGAGAAAGAGAAAGAGGAAGAGAUAUCUCUAUCUCUAUUGAACAUAUCGGAAAAAGACUAUUUAUUGCUAUUACAAUAA